UGUUCUCUCUGCCCCUUCCCUGCUCCUGCUGUUUCUCUCUCAAAAAUGAAUAAAAGAUAGUCAAGAGCAAUUUAAAAUGGCAGAUUUCUGGGACCCAAUCCCUUGCCAUUAUGUUUGAAAACCACGGAGUAAAGCUUGGGAGCUGCCCUGGUGCUCUGGUUUGCAGCUAGUUUUGACAAUCCUUGAUCGGAGUCCGGUGCCUCCUAUUUUACAAGCAGGAAGUGGAGAUGAGAAAGAGGCAGACUGCGUCAGGUGAUUCUCCAGGUGAUUCUCGUCCCACCCCGUCUCCUUGGGCUGGGACCCAGAGCCCUGUUUAUUCAGUCCCUCCAGCCUCAUACCCCAAGCCAUGGCUGGGGGCUCAGCCUGCCGCAAUUGUAACCCCUGGGGUCAAUGUGACCUUGACCUGCCGGGCACCUCAACCUGGAGCCUGGAGGUUUGGACUCUUCAAGUCCGAAGAGGUCGUCCUUGUGCUGCACCGGGACGUGUCCAUGGAGCUGGCGGAGUUCUUCCUGGAGGAGGUGACCCCCGCCCAGGGGGGCAGUUACCACUGCUGCUACCAGAGGCCAGGCUUGGACCUGGGUGUCUGGUCCCACCCGAGUGAUACGCUGGAACUGCUCGUGGCAGGUGAGGUCCUGGGGCAGGAGAAGAGGGACACAGGGCGGCUGCCCGGCGCGCGCGCGCCCGGCUCCUACAGCUGCUACUACCACACGCCGUCCGCGCCGUACGUGCUCUCGCGGCGCAGCGAGCCGCUGCUCGUCCGCGCCCACGGCUCAGACUCCUUGGACUACACACAGGGCAACCUCGUCCGCCUGGCGCUGGCCGGCCUGGUGCUCAUCUCCCUGGGCACACUGGUCUUUUUGGACUGGCGCCGCCGGACUCCCAUCCCAUGUCAUGUCCGGCCCUGAGGCCCGGACGACUGGAUAUGGAGGUCCUGAAGCGCGAGAAGAUUUUCCAGAGACGGGGAGAAGUGGGGAUCCCUAGGGUUGGACUGGCCCUUGCAAGAGCCCCACAGCCCUGGGCUGAGCCCAGCUGCUGGAUAAUAAUAAGCUUCGUGCUGUGUGCUCUCUCCCCCUUCUGGGUCAUUCCUCCAGUACCUCCUAGAUCACUGGAAGGCUCUAUCCGUGGCUAAGUCUUCCCAGUCACAGGGAAGCUCGAUUCCCAGUGCUGCUGCUUACUCACUGGGAUAUUGGGGAGAAGACCUUUGCCAAGUCUCAGUUGCCUUGACUGUGAAAUGGGCUUACUGAUGACACUCACUUCAUAGGAUUAUUAUAGGAUUAAGUGGGCAAUACACACAAAGCCCUGAAAAGUGACUGGCCCAUAGUAAAUGCUCAAUAAAUGUUAGCUAUUGA